CAUAGAUUUCUCCACGCUCUUCCAUCCAACCCAACCAGCCCAGAACCAUGGCUGCCGCCGAUUCAACUCCCCGCCCCGAAACUGUCCUCGUAACAGGGUCAUCCGGCCAUCUCGGCCGGGCCCUCAUGCUCUCCCUCCCUUCAUAUGGCUACACACCAAUCGGCAUCGACAUCAAGCCCAGCUCAACCGCCACCUUCAUCGGCUCCUUCGGCGACGCCUCCCUGCUGCAAAACCUCUUCUCCCCCAGCUGGCUUCGCGCCCAGUCUGCAAUCUCUUCUUCUUCCCACCCCAACAUCGAGCCCAUCUCGCACAUCAUCCACUGCGCAACGCUGCACAAACCGCACAUCGAGUCCCAUACCAAAGCGCAGUUCGUGCAAACAAACAUCGCUGAUACGCUUACGUUGCUUGAGGCGGCUGCUGCUACUACCACUACCACUUUCAACUCGGAUUCGGACUCAAACUCGGAAACAACAACCACCAUUAAAUCAUUCACCUACAUCUCCACAACCUCCACCUUCGGCCGUUCCCUCUCCCCCCUCUCCUCCUCCGUCCCAGGCGCUCCAUUAAAGCCAGCAGCCCACAUAACCGAACAAACCCCCUGCCUCCCCAAGAAUAUUUACGGCCUCACCAAGUCCAGCGCCGAAGAUCUGUGCUACCUCAUCUCUUCUCAGUCUUCACUACCAGUAAUAGUCCUCAAAACCUCCCGCUUUUUCCCAGAGGAAGACGACGACGCGGACAGAAGGAACAUGUUGGGAGACGAAAACCUCAAGCUUUGCGAACUGGCUUACAGGAGGGUGGACAUAGCCGACAUAGUCUCCGCUUGCAUCGCCUCCAUGAGAGCCCAGACUCGAACCGACAACAACACCAGGAUCAACUUCGGGAAGUACAUCAUCUCCGGGCCGUCACCCUUUUUGGACUUGCCACCGGAGGAUUGGGAAAAGUUAAACACUUCUUCCUCUUCCGGUCCCGACGGAGCAAAUGGAGCAGGAGCAUCAGAGAAGGUGUUUGCCGAAGUGGCGGAGAGGUUAUGUCCGGGCAUUUCGGGAGUGAUGAUGAAACAAAAAGGGUGGAAGUGGUUAAGCAGGGUGGAUAGGGUUUAUGAUUCGCGGUUGGCAAUGGAGGAGAUUGCAAGAGGGGGAUUGGGGUGGAAGCCGGAGUGGACUUUCCAGAGGGCGCUGGAGAGGAUCAAAAGGGGGGAGGAGUGGAGGAGUAAGUUGACGGGGGAGGUCGGGAAGUUGGGGUAUCAUGAUAGGGUUUGGGGGGUUUAUACUACUGAGUGAGAGAGAGGGAGUGUUGAAGGCUCGAGACGGGGAGCAAAUGAAAGGGUGCUGGGUAUCGUGAGUGCAAGAUGAGAUGAGGUAGAAAAAGGGGGUGGCCCGUGCGUUAAAGAGGACAUCUGGAUGUAAACAAAUGGAGGAGACAUGGCACUCGAAGCAAGGAGUAGGUAGUAGGUGCUAACUGUCUGUGUAUCAAAUCCCACUGAAAUAAUAGCUAUGAAAACCUUG